CACAGGACUCAGAUGGGCUGGAAGGAACAUGUUUAGUAUCUAGGGGCUGGAUAGCUGCAAGUUACUCAUCUAGUGGGGAACAAGGGGCCUGGGCAAUGCCAUAUUCCUCUCAGUGUCUGGAGAUCACUCCCCCGGGCUGGAGCUUCUGAGGCAGGCAAGGAUCCAAGGCCCCUGGAAGAGCUGGUUCAGGGGACUGAAUUCCCUGCGUCUUUGCAGAACAGAGCAUGAUCACACUCCUGCCACUGCUGCUGGGCCUCAGCCUGGGCUGCACAGGAGCAGGCAGUUUUGUGGCCCAUGUGGAAAGUGCUUGUCUAUUGGAUGACGAUGGGACUCCAAAGGAUUUCACAUAUUGUGUCUCCUUCAACAAGGAUCUGCUGUCCUGCUGGGAUCCAGAGGUCGACAAAAUGGCCCCUUGUGAAUUUGGGGUGCUGAAUUUAUUGGCCAAAUACCUCUCAGAGUACCUCAACAAACAGGAGCAACUGCUCCAGCGCUUGCGCAAUGGGCUCCAGGACUGCACCACACACACCCAGCCCUUCUGGGGAUCACUGACCCACAGAACACGGCCACCAACUGUGCAAGUAGCCCAAACUACUCCUUUUAACACGAGGGAGCCCGUGAUGCUGGCCUGCUAUGUGUGGGGUUUCUAUCCAGCUGACGUGAUCAUCUCAUGGAGGAAGAAUGGAGAACCCGUCAUCCCUCACAGCAGUGCCCCUAAGAUUUCCCAGCCCAAUGGCGACUGGACAUACCAGACCCUCUCCCAUUUAGCCUUAACGCCAUCUUAUGGGGACACCUAUACCUGUGUGGUGGAGCACAUUGGGGCUCCUGAGCCCAUCCUCCAGGACUGGACACCUGGUCUGUCCCACAUGCAGACAGUGAAGGUUUCUGUGUCUGUGGUGACUCUGGGCCUGGGCUUCAUCAUCUUCUCUCUUGGUUUGGUCAGCUGUCGCAGGGCUGGUAUCUCCAGCUACACUCCCCUCCCUGGAUCCAAUUAUCCAGAAGGACGGCACAUUUCCUAGGGCCAGAACCCCACAACUUCUACUCCAAGUGAGGAAGAGAUUCAAACUUAAUAAUGCUACCAUGCCUCCCAAUAUCUUCAAAUCUCCCAAAUUUUCUUGGAUCCUAUGGUUUCUCCAUCCAAUUCUUUGAAUUUCCCAAUCCCCACCACCACAAUGUAAACCUUAGCAACUUGGGGAAACUCAUUCCUAGGAAUAUUCUGUAACCAAAUUAUUGUCCAAAGCUGUAUUUCUGGGGUGAUAAAAUGUGGGGGAGGGGGUUAAAGGGCCUCCUGGUGGCCCCCCUCUGCCACAGAGGACAGUGAGUCACUGCUGAUUGUCUCUGAGAAAUAAACUCUGGUGGAAAUA